AUGAUUCAGCCUGUCCUACUAAGCUUUCUCCUGGCUGAUCAGUGUGCAUAGGCUUCUUGUAUACGCUGGUGGUUAGACAUCAGCCAAAUUCUCUUGAAACUGCCGUCGAGGAAGGCGAAAACAUAACGUUUCCAUAUUCCAGAGUUGUGAAAUUAUCAUCAAUGCAACUGCUGCAACUGAACUACUUUUAUCCACAUUUCUUUUGAGCUACAUCAAAGACCUCUUCCUAUUCCAAAAGUAUUUUUCUGUAUCAUUUCUGAUCGACCCUUCAACUCGUAAAAUCCUUCCUCUUCCCUAUACCUCCCAACCCAGUAUUCAGCCAUACACUUGAGAUUUUUAAAAUAUAAAUUUGCUUUUUUUGCACGUGUGAUUAAUGGACAAAAUUCAAAGUUGAACUUCAUCUUAUCAUUAAUCGUCUUGUGCUUUUUCCUUUUCUUACAGAUUCUGAACACGCGCCAUCAUAUUCUUGCUGAAAGAACUUAAGGGUAUUUGAUAAACUUGAUUUCUAAGGACAUGGCCCCGAUCCAUCAAGUUUUCUCUAACCUUAGAUCGCUUUCUUCUCUUCUGGAGAUACUUCUCGUUUUUUCUCUUUCGUGGAACUUUGUCGGCUGGUAAACAUUUCGACGUGUGAUCUUUUCAAUAGCUCUCAUCUUCUGUCAAACGACCUUGGGAAACGUUUUCACAAGUCUUCGGGACAAGGCCGCCAGGAUGACGGACAAGAGACUACGUCUGAUACGUGACGUCAUUUCCGGUAUACGUGUGCUAAAAAUGAAUGCUUGGGAAUGAUGCUUUCAUGAUUUGGUUUCCGAGGUUAGGAGGUAGGAGUUUCCUUUUAAAAAUUAAACAGUUCAUGGUUUAUAUACGCUGAUAACACCCUUCUUAAAGGGAAAGAAAAUUAUAAUCACUCGUCAUCAGAGCUAAAAAAAAACAGCUUAAGAUAAAAACUCCGUAAAUUCAUUUUACAUCUCUAUAUUCUCAACUUUGCUAACCAUGAAAUGAAAUUUUUGUGGUAUUAGUUUUUGCUGCUUUUAGGUACAGUCCUCCAUGUGCAAAACUUAAGUCCCGAAAAGUAAUGAAAAAAUCAGUCAUUAACACGUCCCAGUCCAAUAUAUGCAAUAUACUUGCAACUUAAGUGUCAGUUCGUGUUUUUUUCUCUAAGACUCACUCAAAGUAUCCAUUAACAAUUCUAACAAAUUAACUCAGCAAGGUGGAUAACUUUAAAUACAAACUUUAAAUAUAAUAUAUACUAACGUGGUUAAAACAUUGUCCUCAACCUUUUUCUCGGUUGUCUCCGAAGAUUUUCCUCUCCGUCAAUUGUUCAUUUUUUGGACAUUAUUUUAGCCUCAGAACUUCCUUAACCUUCAAGGAAUCGUAAAAACUUGACUUUGAAGCAAAGCAUUAAUUAUUGAAUUUGAAAAUAAUGUUAUGAGCGAGAUUUCUCAUCGUAGUCUUGAGUUAAAAACCAAAGUAGGAAGAGAAGACGGAGUAUUUUUUUUUCUUGUCACACUGUUAAACAGCUUGGUCUCAAUUGCCAUGGUAAUUAUAGUUAUUUCAGUGUUCAGUGUAAUACUCUCGUUAGAGAAAACAAUAGUGGGUAUCUGUAGACUGCAUACACUGACCGUUCAUCUGUUUGUAUUUUUUCUUUAGCUUACCUCCGCAGUUAAAUGUUUUUGUCUGGACUAAAUGUCUUGCUUGGACUGUUUUCUUAAGAUUCUACAAACACAAUAGCUAAUCAUUACAAACGAUAUUCUGUUAUGGUGGUACGAUCCACUGGUUACUUUAAUUGA